AUGUUUUUUGACACACUCGCCGAAAAACGCGGCGAGAUCCUCGUGCGGGCGAUCCACGAUUCAAACCCACAACUAUGCGCCUUGGUCCUGCGCGACGGCGCCAACACCGCGCUCCAAAUAGAAGGCACACCAGGCAAGACACCACUCAUGCUGGCCGCCGAACUCCGGCGGACAGAAAUCGUCCGCCUCCUUCUAGCCCACAGCGGCAUCAAUCCAGACAUUCGAGACAACAAUAACCGGAGCCCGCUCUCACACGCGGUAUUCCACGAAAACGCAGAGAUCGUGGAACUCCUUCUCGCAAUACCACAAGUAGAUCCCACCUCAUGCGACAUCAAAGGCCGAUCUCCCCUCCUGCUGGCUGCCAUGUGCGGCCGAAUGGGUUGGCCCUCGCAUGCCUACAAAAAGAUCGUGCGCAUGUUGCUGGCAACAGGCAAGUACAAUGCGCACAUCAAUCGCGGCAGCCACGACGGGACAACACCUCUCCAUGCAGCAGCGAAGAUCGGACACACCGAGGCCGUGGAGAUGUUACUUGCCGUACCGGACGUGGACGUCGACUGUCGCGACAACCUGAACCAGUCGCCGCUGCUGCUUGCCAUGUCGGCGCCACAUAAAGCAAUGGACAGCACAUUCCUGGACCUGGUGCGGAGCGGCCGCGUGGACGGCAGCGUGGUAGGUCCGCGCGGCCAGACGCCACUCCACGCAGCGGCGUUGCAUGAUCGUCUCCAUGUUGUGCGUGGGCUGCUUGAUCAGGGUGUUGAGCCCGAUCCGCUUGAUGACGCCCUCUGCACGCCGCUUAUGCUUGCUGUUGAGGGGCUUCCGCAGUAUGGGGGCUGUCUGGCUGCUCGCUCUGUCCGGACGGUUUGGGAAGAUGGAGUUAUGGUGGGGUGUGACCCCGGCGAGGGGGUGGUUGAGAUGCUGCUUGCUACGCCCCGGGGCGGGUGCAGAUGCAUCGCCGGAAUGCGGACGGGGACAGCCCGUUGA